AUGGACCCGCCAUUCAUCUCCGUGUGUCUUUGCGUAUUUUUGGUCUCAAUAGUUGCUUUGCAACUUGGCAGACGACUACAUCGCUUCCCUAUGCCUCCCGGUCCGCGUAGGGUUCCAAUCAUCGGAAAUGCCUUGCAGAUGCCCCGCGAGCGCGAAUGGGUCAAGUUUGCUGAGUGGGCGAAAGCAUACGGUGGCAUCGUCCAUCUCUCCGUUUUCAGCACGCAUUUCAUUGUCUUGAGUGAUGCGGGCAUCAUAUCCGAAUUGCUCGAGAAGCGGAGUGCUAUCUACUCUGAUAGACCGUACUUCCCUCUGGCCAGCGGGUUGAUUGGUUAUGACAAAUUUAUUAUUUUGGAGCCCUACGGGCCCCGCCUACGGGAAGGACGAAAACUCAUCCUGAACAACAUCAACACGCGUAAUGCGGCUAUUUUGCACCCAGUACAGGUGUCAAAAAUGUUGCUGUUCUUGCGUAAGCUGUUUGAGGAUAGCGGCCACCUUCGCUUGCAUGUAAGAUGGCUGGUUGCUGCUGUCAUUUUCAAGAUAUCCCACGGUCGCGACAUACAAGACCCUGAUGACGCCUUCGUCAAACUCGUCGAAACUACAAAUGAAGACUUUGCUCUCUCUGUCAGACCUUUUGUCUAUCUAGUCGAUAGUCUGCCAUUCUUGAAGUAUGUACCCGAAUGGGUACCCGGAACCGGCUGGAAAUCUGUGAUCAGAGAAAGGCGACGUAUGCUACACAAGUUGCGCGACUAUCCGUAUGAAGUCGUGAAACAACAACUAGCUCAAGGCACAGCGCAACCCUCGGUCACGGCAUCUUUGAUAGAAGAAAAUCCUAAUCCGGAUCCGGAAGAGGAGGAGUUGCAAAAGACGUCAACAAGUAUCUUGUAUUCAGUGUUGACGAAUUCUCAGUCGGUCUCGGCAAUCGAAUCGUUCUUCUUAAUCAUGACAUUAUAUCCAGAAGUGCAAAACAAAGCGCAGGCUGAGCUCGAUAGCGUCGUCGAGGCCGGAAGACUUCCAGACUAUGGCGAUAGAGACAAGCUGCCUUACAUUGAUGCCUUGAUCAAGGAAGUUCUGCGGUGGAACCCCGUGCUCCCGCUAGCUCUUCCACAUAGUCUUAUGGAGGACGACACAUAUCGAGGCUACCACAUACCGAAGGGUGCUACUGUGCUAGCCAACAGCUGGGCCGUGAUGCACGACCCUGCGCUCUAUCCCGACCCCUUCGAGGUGAAGCCAGAGAGAUAUCUGAGCGAUCAAGGUGCUCUGAACCCCGACCCCCGGCAGUUCGCCUUCGGUUAUGGAAGACGUGUCUGUCCUGGACAGCUACUAGCUGAGGACACGCUCUUUCUUCUGAUAGCAUCGGUAUUGUCAACGAUGAACAUCACGAAACCGAUAGGCUCUGACGGCCUACCUAUUGACGUCAACGUCGAAUAUACCUCCGGGGCCAUAAGCCAUCCCACCUCCGUACAGUGUAACGUCACUGUACGAUCAGCGGAAUCUGAAAGGCUCAUUCUCACCAACGCGAGCCGUGAUGGAGAGGCUUGA